AUGGGCAGAAGAUCCAUCAUUGUAUUGGAAAUUCUUAUAGGAAGAAGUAAACUCUUUCUCGUUUCAAGAGAAAAGUCAGUUCAUCCUUUGCUUUUGAAAGGACAUUUAACAAGAGUUUCUAAUCCGUGUAGGCAACAUCAGUCUUUUGAAGGAAACACAGCUAUAGAGCAUUUUGAAGUGAUCAGGAAAUCACAUUUGGCAGCAAAUCUUCCUGUGAGACUCUUUGUUUGUGGAUUUUGUAUGAAACAGUUUCAGCAUGAAGUUCAUCUGGAACAACAUCUCUGUAUCCAUAUUGGUGACAAACCUUUUAAAUCUUUGUUUUCACAUCAAAAGAAUGAGCCACCUAAGAGUCAUUUUCGGAAUGUAAAGUAUGCAGCUAAUGAUUUUUCAAAGGAUAAAAUCAAAAAUCCAAAACGUUUGUGUUGUAAAGGACUUUAUGUGAGUAAUCAAAAGACAUUUUCUCUUCUGCACAAGAAUGGUCCAAUUUUGCAUGCACAGACAGUUCGCUUGGUAAGGCCUCUUCAGAAAAGUGAUCAUGUGUCAGAAGAAAACGCCGAAGGAAGUGUGAUCUGGUGCCGCAGUGAAGUUUUCUCGCAAGUGAUAUCCAUACCCAAGUUGGUACCAGUAUUAAAGGAAUCUUCAAAUUGGAAUUAUCACAUUGUGCACGCUGCUGGUAUCUUCAAUCAGCAGAAAGAGGAUCCAUGUUCCAGCAAUACCUCAGUUCUUAGUCCACCUAGAGAGUAUGAUUCUUUUUCAAGAGAAAAGCCUGGAGUAAAUCCUAGAGGGAAUAGAGGAUCACGUUUGCAAGCAUGUCUCUCUGUAAAACGUUUUACUUGUGGAUUUUGUGCAAAAGGGUUUCACCAUAAAGUUCAUAUGGAACAACAUCUCCGUGUUCAUACUGGUGAAAAGCCUUUUAAAUGUGGAUUAUGUUUACAAAGUUUUAAACAUAAUCAAUCCUUGAAAUAUCAUAUAUUUAUGAGUCAUGAGCCAUAUGUUUAAACAACUACUCACCAUAUCCAUUUGCUAAAAAAAGGGAAUUUCUGUUUUUUAAUUAUUUUUAUUUAUUUAUUUUCUAAAUAAAAAAUAAAAUAUUUAGUAUAUGCUUUGAAAUUCAUGUAAUGGCUGUCUCGUAUGUAAUAAAAAAAAGGUUUUGAAAUAUUAUGCAUUAAAAAAUUCCAAGAAUAAAACAACAUAUGCCAUUUAUUUUAUUAGUUCUUGUUUUAAAAAGAAAUACUAUCUCCUGUCACUUAUGACUUUGAAGGGACUGAUUAAGGAAAGGAUAAAGGAGAGAGAACUGUGUUCUGAAAUAUAAAUGUGAUAUACACAUGCAUUACUCAUCUUCACAUCUUAGGUAUUUUCUGAUAAUCUGCCCCCCAACAUACACACAUGAAAAAGUCACAAACUCAUUAGUGACUUUAUAUAGAAUUUGUAAAUUCUUUGGUGUCUAAUUUUUUGCCAAGCUGAUGUGCUAAGUUAGCAUCAUUUUUCAAAAUGAUGAUGCAUUAAGAAUUCCAUACAAGAGCAGUUAAUCAAUAAAAUUAAAAUAAAUAUGAAUAAAAUUUCUGUUUUUCGAGAAAUUCUUCUUAUUUGUAUUGUUGUUCCCCCUGUUUUCACUUAAAAAAGACUUGCUUAAACUUGACACUUCACUUUGGCCUUGCACAUCAGCCAAAAAACGUAUAGCUGGGAUUCCACAUAAAAACUGUUUGGUAACGUGGAUUGCCACAUAACUAUUUUGGCAAUAUACUGCUUAGUAUUAUGAAAACUUUUCCCCAACUUUUCGGUUGGGGGAGUGCAGAUAACUAGAAAGUAUCUACAUUGUAAAUAGGAAGUUUUUGUAUAUUAUUGGUACCUUUAUUGUUAUAUUUUAUUAUAUUAUUGAUACCAAUUAUGUAUUUUAGAAAGUGUUGUCAGUGUUAGCUUGCUUUUGUUUAAGGUGCAUGUAAAAAGCUACCUUUGUAUUUCUUUAAAGUGUGCCAUUCCUAAUUGUGUUCCAUUAGUAUUUUGAAGAUAGUAUUCUCAGUUUUCCUAAUGCUUUCAGUUCAUUUGUAAAGCAUGGAACACAUUUGAUAGCAAUUUUAUUUUCAUCAUCAUUAUUGUAUUUUCUUUGGUUACCAUAUCAUCACAGUUAGCUUCUAUAUUCUUUAAUUCAGCUUUUCGUAGGUUUUCCAUGGACUUCAAGAAAAUCUUUAAAAGCAAUUAUACAGUGAGUCCCAAUGAUCCUUCUUUAUGAUUGCUAAAUCUGAGUUAGUUUUACUAUCUUCUGUGCUUUGCUCACCAUUCAAAUUCAGACUUUCUUAACAGUAUGAACUCAUUUAGGAUAUAACAUUAUGCCAGGCUGUAGUCUGCUUCUGAUGACUUCCAUCUUAACAUCAGGAGCUUAUUCAGAAAUCUGGAAUGUAGGUUUUCAGUUUUCAAGAUAGAAUUUUAUUAUACAGAAUUGAAAUAAAAUGUAUUUGAUUUUUUUGCAUUUUUUAAUGCAGUUUAACUAAAAAUGGGAAAAAAGAAAUUCUGCAUCUUUUGCUCAUUUGAAAAACCCAGGAUGUGCGUAAUUUCUAGGCCUGAAAAAAAGAGAGCUUGAAUUUAGUUAAGUGGAUGUAUAGUAACCCUGUUGUAAACUAAUAACCAAUGUUGUGUAUUUCUGUAUAAUGUAAUUGCAUUGUUUGUACUUUUACCUUGAAUUUCUAAUUUUAUAUACUGUAUGUAGUUCAGUGUAUGACGGAUUCUUAGCAAAGCAUACAAGAAGGUAAUCUGUUGUAUGCUUUUUUAAUUUUUGUGGCUUUAUAUAGCUAACAGUGUGCAUCAAGUGUAAAAGCAGUUAUUAAAAUGUACUUUUUGUAAUGUUUUGAGUUAUUAAGAAACACCUGUUAUUAAUUGAAUAUUUUAAAUAAUGGCUUAGUGUUUUAAUUCUUCUCAUUUAGUUAUUUAUUGACUAAAAACUGUUAUACAUUUGUGUAAAUGUAAAUUUUUUAACAAAAAACUAUCAUAGUAUGCAUUUUUAGCAUUGAUUUAAGUUAUAAUUAAGAAGCUUUUAAGUAUAAUUUUAAA